AAUACAGAUGACGAUUUUGCAAAAAGGCUCGGUUUUGUUGGUUUCAACGGUGAUCUGGAGUGAGAUUUUCGUGUGCCUCUCAUCACCGUCGUCACCUACUGUGCGGACGAAAAAUGGGUGGGUCAUCGGGACCACAACCACAACAAGAAUGGGUCGGAGGGUUGAUGCGUUUCGGGGCAUCCCUUUCGCAAAACCACCCGUAGGCUCACUCAGAUUUCAGGACCCAGAGCCUGCGGAAGCUAUAAAUGGAACCUUCCACGCGACUGAAGACGGCCCGGAGUGUGUCCAAAGGGCUAACAAUGAUCUUUCCCAGCCUCUUCAAGUGACGGGCGACGAGGAUUGCUUGCGACUCAAUGUUUACAGACCGAGUGUGCGUUAUUUUUUUGAUGGUAUGAAGGAUGACAUCAAUAGUUACUACAAUACGCAAACUCAAAGUUCGACGCAAACUUACAGUUCGCAGGGUGAAAAUGAUGAAGGUGAUGGUGGUAGGGCCUACUCGAAUCUACCAGUGUUGGUUUUCAUACACGGCGGGGGUUGGACCACGGGUUCGGACCAAAUGGACCUUUACGGACCUCACUACCUUCUGGAUUCCAGAUACGAUUUUAUUCUUGUAAUAUUCAAUUACAGGCUCGACGUUUUCGGGUUUUACUGUUCGGGUGACAAAGAAGCACCAGGAAAUUUCGGUUUGAAGGACCAAGUUUUAGCCUUGAAAUGGGUGAAGGAGAACAUCCGGGACUAUGGAGGCGAUCCUAAUAAUGUUACCAUUUUCGGUGAAAGUGUCGGUGGCGUGAGCGUCCACACUUUAUUUUUCGCUAGGUCGGCACAAGGGCUGUUCCAGAAAGGGAUCUCAAUAUCCGGGACGGUGGCUAUGCCAGUGGCCCAUUUGCCGGUGGCGUUCGUAAACUCGGCAACAGAGCGACUCGGCGAGAGAUUCAACUGUCCUUUGGAAAAUUCUUCUGCUCUUCUGGCGUGCAUGCAGGAGGUUCCUGCCUACGAGCUCAUCGAACAACAGCUCAACACAUCUCCGCCCGGUUACCCACCGUUCCUGGUGAUGACGUGGGUUCCAGUGUUGGACUACAAUAUCACCGCGGAUCCAUUCUUUCUCUCGAAUCUGACUGAGAUGCUCAGCCAACCCAACUUCACAUGGAUCAACGGUGCCACAACUUACGACGGUUCUUACUUUACCGGCCAUAUUUACGGGUAUCCGAAAUUCGUUGAGCAAAUCAAAGCUAAUCCAGAACGGUAUCUACCGCAGCUACUGUUUCUACCACAGUACAUACCUGAAGAGGACGUCCCAAAAUGCAUGGCCAGAAUUUCCGACUUCUACUUUGGUUUCCCGCCGCAAGUUACUCAAAAGUCACUCACAAUUCUGAUGACCGAUGCGUAUUUCUACCAGCCUGUGAUACAAACGUCACCGCUCAACGGAGGACCAACAUACGCCUACCAAUAUGCAUUCCCUUACCGUCAUUCAACUUGGAACAACGUCUACGGUCCAAGAGACGUCAUCACAGAGAAACCUGGCCAUUCAGACAUCUUGCUAAACUUUUUUGAAACUUCUAAAUACUUUAAUCGGUCAACAGACACCCAGACUGAAGUAGAUGUUUCAGAGAGACUUGUCGACCUCUUCACUAGUUUCCUAAUCUUUGAGGGACCCACCCAGGAGAAUGUGACUUGGACCACUGUAGGAUCAGAGCAGAAUUUCACUUACGAGUAUUUAGACAAACAAUUCACUGAGCGACAAAAUCCGUAUCCGGACAGAACCGAAUUUUGGAGACACCUCCGUUCUGACUUUCCCGGGCUAUACUAAAAAAAAUUACUCACUUGUUAAUAAAUUAAUUAAUUAUUGUAUGAGAAAAAUUAAGGCUGUGUUGGAAAUAUUUAUUCACUAUCGCAGAAGAAAUCGAGGCACGGCGAAAUUCGCAAUUUCACAAUAGUCACGCGAUAGUGUUACGUGGUUUUGCACUUUAGCCAUCAAUCUGAACCUCUCACGCAACCACGCACCGCAGCACUAUUGUGCAAAAGAAAAAAUGAGAGUUUAAGAAAAUUUGAUUCAAUGUAGUAUUUCAUUAUUCAAAAAUCAUCUCCUU